AUGGGACAUGGGGUAGAGUUCUUAGGAUGGUUAACGGAGUUAGAGAGUGACGCUGUUCCAAAAAUUGGUUGUUGUGAUGACGCGAGUAUGACACUCCCAAGGAUUGGGGAAGAGGACUUAUCAAGGGCCAAUGACUCGAUCACUAAUCCUUCCUUUUGCUUGAAUGGAAAAGGACCUAGGUAUUUAACAAACGAAAAGUUCAAGAUUAGUUACUUGAGCGAUGCUCUGGACGAACGGGAGUGA